AAGAACUAGAAGAAGCAGCUCUUCAUAUAAUUACAUUAAAAAUGGAAAAAACUGGAGAGAAUGUAGUUGAAUUUAAAAGUGGAGGUCCUAGAAUAAGCCUUUUAUGUGUCAAGUAAUAAUAAGUAAUAAUAUUUGCAAAUUCAAAGUUUAAUAGUCUAAAAAAUAAAUUAUUUCACUUCAAACUUUUCAGCCAAUAGUAUUUACACAAACACCAAAAGCUUAUGUCAACAGCGACCAGGCAUCAGUAUCUACUAUACGACUUCGCAAUACCAAUAUUACAAAUCAUUUAGAAAUUGUAGCAGGCAAUUCAGGUGAUUCAGUUGUAAAUCAAACAAAUAAAUUGUUAAAAUCGUUUAAACUAGAAACAAGACAAUCCAUAUUAAAAAGUGCCAAGCUUAACCACACUGAAAUAAAUGCAAGUUUAAUGGUAGCUAUGAAAACAGACAUGGGGCUCCCAUGGGAAAAACUCAAAAUAAUGUCCAGAUGGCUUAAUACUAUGGUAUUAACACUGCAUCAAAUGAUUCACAAAGAAUGGUUGCAGAAAGUUGGUCUGGAAAUGAUAUAGUUGUUGAAAAUGCCCCUUUCACAUUUCAAAAAGAAAAGAAAGGAAAGUUUGAAAUUAAAGAGGCUCCUUGGGGAUAUAUUACCGAUUUACAUAAUCAUAUUUUUAGAUAUCUUGAAAAUUUGGAAAAUUGUAAUAGUCUGGUGCAUCAUAAGUUCAUUCCAAAAAAGAAAUUCAAAUAAAAAUAGGAGGAGAUUAUGACGGGGUAGUUUCAAGAUGAGCUACCAGGUUGUCAAUACCCUAAACCCAAACAGUACAGAAAAUACGAUUGUUUUUAACAUGUUUGAAGCAAAGGACUACAGAGUAAAUGUUAAAGUUGCCAUGACAAGAUUUCAAAAGCAAAUAGAAGACCUCAAAUAAUUAAAUAUAAGGAUUAUAAUAUUCGAGUAUUUAUCUUUGGAGAUUAUGCCUUUCUGUGUGCAUUGUAUGGCAUUUCAGGAGCAUCAGGUACUCACUGUUGUUUGUUCUGUAAUGCGACAGCAGACGAAAUGAAAAUUUGCAAAAGCGAAAGACCGGUAAUUGAUAUCCGCACAAUUGAAAGCCUUCAAACUGACUUGAAAAAAUUCAUGAAAAAUGGUGGUCUCAAGAAAAAUGCGAAGUAUAACAAAAAUGUUAUAACAGAGCCAAUCUUGAGAAUACCUUUAGAUCAGGUUUCUUUACCAAGUCUGCAUAUUGCUCUUGGUUUUAUUUAAAGUUUUUCAACAUGUUUGAAGAAGAAGCACAUGGUGUUGACAUUAUGAUGGCAGCAUUGUUAAAAAGCAAAAAUAGUUUAUCUGAACCUUAUAAUAACUUCAUUUUAAAACAAAAAAAAAUUUCUGGUUUGAAAAAUUGUAUCUCAGAUCUUGAUGAUCAAAUUGAGUUGAUUAGUGACGAUUUUGCUACAUCUAUACUAGCUAAUCCAGAUGAUUCAGAAAAUAUUAUGUUAAUUUACAUCUGUGAGUAUGACUUUCUAACCAAAAACAAAGAUAAAAAAAUACAAGAGUGUAAUACUUUGGAAAAAGAAUCUAUUUUAAAGAAAAGUGAGGGACCGUGUACCCAACAGAUUGAGGUUAUUUUGCAACAACUUAAAGUUCAACGUCAGGCAUAUCACGGAAAAAGUUUCAUUGGAAACCAUGUACAUAAAAUGCUUAAAAAAAAAUGUAUACUACAGCUAUGCAAUUCUGUUCCGAUCCUUGUUUACAAUAACGGAUUUGCUGGAACAAGUCUACACGAGAGAUCAGUUGAAGUUGGAAACAAAUUCGACAGGAUUAAAUGGUUAAUGGAAACUCUCUCCAACUCAUCGACAUAUCAAUUAAUCAUUACUUAUUUUUAAUAUUGAAAAAAUUAUACUCUGUUCUUGUGAUAAGUACUUUAUAGGGUGUUGCGGAAGUAAACUUAAAUUAUAAGUAUAUGUAUCAAAGUGUUUUUAGUAUCUUUGAGA